GUCGCAGCCGAGUAGAGCCGCUGCCGGAGGCGAGCUUCUCGGCUCCGGCUUUGGCCCCGACACGGGAGAAUGCGGUGCGCCCAGGAUGCUGCCGCGCCAGAUAGUGAAGCUGGCGGCGCUCCUCAGCCUGCUCCUCGGCUCCUGCGCGCACGAACUGCCCAGACCUCCUUCUGUGUGGUUUGAAGCAGAAUUUUUCCACCAUGUCCUCUACUGGACACCCAUCCCAAAUCCGUCUGAAAGUACCUAUUAUGAAGUGGAGCUCCUGAGGUAUGGAGUAGAGCCCACCUCCUGGAAGCGCAUCCUGAGCUGUAGCCAGAUGCUGGUGAUGUCCUGUGAUGUCACCAUGGAGACCCUGGACCUGUACCGCAGCAACGGUUACCGAGCCAGAGUCCGGGCAGUGGACGGAAGCCAGCAUUCCAACUGGACCUUUCCUGAAACCCGCUUCUCCGUGGAUGAAGUGACUCUGACGGUUGCCAGCGUGAAGCUGGAGGUGCACAACGGUAACAUCGUGGGGGCCAUCCAGCUCCCCAGGCCCGAGGUGGCCCCUGAAGGUGACACGUAUGAAAACAUCUUCCACAACUUCCGGGAGUACCAGAUUGAGGUUCGCAAGGUGCCAGGACACUACGAGGCCCAUGGCAAGGUCAAAAAUGAAAGCUUCAAACUCCCAGUCCCGAGAGGGGUGGGAGAGUUCUGUGUCAGGGUGAAACCGUCUGUCAGCUCCCGAGUGAACAAGGAGGUCUGGUCCAAGGAAGAGUGCAUCUUGCUCACCCCGCAGUAUUUCACAGUGACCAACCUCAGCAUUUUUUUCACCUUCGUCGUGCUACUCUAUGGAGCCUUGGCCUUCUGUCUUACCUUCCAGUUAUAUCUGCGGCGCCGGGGGAAGCUGCCUGCUGUCCUGGUCUUCAAGAAGCCCAGUCCCUUCAGCCUCAUCAGCCAGUUUUCCCACCCAGAGACCCAAGAUACCAUCCACACCCUGGACGAGGAGGCCUUCCCCAAGGUGACUCCAGAGUUGAGGAACUCAGAUGUGCACGGCAGCACUGACAGUGGCUUCGACAGUGCCAAGCCAUCACUGCAGACUGAUGAGCCCCAGUUCCUCCUCCCUGCCUCCGACCCCCAGGCCGGGGGGACUCUGAAAAAGGGGAUGCCCCAGGAGUUGGAGAACAGCUGCGGUAGUGGAGGCAGCAGCAGCAGUGCAGACAGUGGGAUCUGCUUGCCAGAUCCCCGCCUAUGUCCUGGCGCGGAGCCCAGCUGGGAGCUGCAGGUGGGGAGCGACAGCCGGGACCGGGAGGACAGUGGCAUUGGCCUGGUGCAGAACUCUAGGGGACAGCCUGAGCAUGCUCAGGGUAACUCAGCUUCGGGCCAUGUGAGUCCCCUGGGACCUGAGGAGCCUGCAGAAGAAGACCCAGGGGCAGGGGCCUUCCAGGGCUACCUGAAACAGACGCAGUGUCCAGAGGAGAAGGCAGACCAGGCAGGUGGCCUGGAAGAAGAGUCUUCCUCAACAGAGUGCCUUGACCCCCAGUUCAGGACGUGCCUGGAUACUGAGGCGGGCUGGCCUCUACCAGCCCUGGCCAAGGGCUAUGUGCAACAGGACCCCCCUGAAAUGACUCUUGCUCCUUCUCAGACCCCUGCAGGACAGUGGGACCGACCAACUGAGGACUGGUCACUCCUGGGCUUGACCAGCUGUGGCAACCUCGGCACAUCUGACUGGAGCUUUGCCCAUGAUCUUGCACCUCUGGAUUGUGUGCCAGCCCCAGGCGGUCUCCUGGGCAGUUUUGACUCAGACCUGGUCACCCUGCCACUGAUCACCAGCCUGCAGUCAAAUGAGUGAGGCAGGCUAAGGACUUGCUUUUGAUUUCAACUGCACACUGCCUGGACCCAGAGGAUCCAGGGCCCAGAAGUGAAGCACACUUGCUGCAAGCCCAGCACUUUGCUGCAAGCCCAGCAGGCCCAGUAGGUGUUCAGGGCAGGAGGAAGCUAGAUUAACAGGAUACAUAGGUGGCAUUGGCCUGCUCUGCAGACAGGGCCCUGCAGACUCUGGCAGAGCUGAGAAGAGCAGGGCAGAGACCUCCCCUCUCCUUGGAACACAUCCUGUGCUUUAAAGGACUCUUUGCUCAGGGGGAUCAUGAGGCCACCAGGCUGAAGUCAGCUCAGUGAGCCAGGCCUCCCCGCUUAGGCCGUCCAUGUGUCAGGAGAGCCUCCAGCAGGAUGGAGGGCUGGGAAGAUGAAGGCAUCAGGGCCGCCAAUGCAGGGGCCCUGAGGAGGAGGGAGGAAACAGGAGCCAAAGGGAGCUGAGAUCCAAAAGGGGGCUUCUGACUCAGAACCCUGGGGAUGUCUUGUAUCCAUCUGCAGACAGUACCCUCUUUCGAGCAAAUAGAGCAGCAGCCCCCUGGGGCACUUGGAGUAGCCAGGUCACACACUGCCCUCAUCCUGCUGCUCCCGCCACCUUGCUGACAGAACCAGAGAAACCAUGGAUGUUUGUCCUGGUCCAAACACAGCCCUUCAGUCGCUCUCUGGGCUUGAAUACCACCUUAUCUGCCCAGGAGGGUCAGAGUUAGGACCUGCACUUGUGUUGCUGCUGAUGUCCAGCUACAGGACAGGGCACUGGGCUGGGACCUCUGUCCUCCCAGUGAUCAGAUGUGAUGAGCUUGGACCAGUCACUUCUCAGAAUUGGACAUUGCUCAGUCGUAUCCGACUCUGUGCAACCCCAUGGAGACUAUAAACUGCCAGGCUCCUCUGUCCAUGGGAUUCUCCAAGCAAGAAUAUUAGACAGAGUAGUCAUUCCCUUCUCCAAGGGAUCUUCCCGACCCAGGGAUCGAAUCUGUGUUUCCUGCAUGACAGGCAGAUUCUUUACCAUUUGAGCCACUUAUCAAAGGGCCAUGGUUAUUCCAUUUGUGAAAUAAAGACUCAGUCUCAUGCUGGGAUGUUGGCCAACCUAGCUUCUGGGGUGACCCCUCCAACCCCACAUGAUGCUGGGCUGGGAGGAAGCCGUGUCCACACAGAGCUGAGGGCCGAGGGACAGCCCCACGCUGAGGGCUCAUCCGUGUAGCAGGAGUGGAUGGCAUUGUGCUGAGACAGUGACCAGACCCUGGGCCUAGGGAGGGGGCAGGUGUGGGCCCUGCUUCCCCACAGUCAGUUUGGGAUCUGUCUGUACCUGUGAGGAGGGAAGCUGUAUGACCCCCAGGUCAUCCUUGGCCCUGCCUUCUCCGUGGUACUCUUGGAAUAAACAUCAGGCCCAAUGAAUCCAGUCAGAGCUCCUCCACUCUGCCAGGAAGCUCAUAGAUGCCAGUCCAAUAAUAAUUCCCUUGAGAAAUAGGUCUGAGGGAGGGCUUCUCAGCAUUUCCUUGGAAGGUUUAUUUAUUUAUUUAUUGAAAAGGCAGCGUGGUCCAGGGAAAGAGUUCUGGGCAUUUCGAGAGCCUAGGAGUUCUCAUUCUGACUUCAUUGUUCCUAGCCUUGUGACCUUGGAAAGUCACCUUUCCUCAUCUAUGAAACCAGGAAAUGUUGCCUGACUUGUUUUGUUUAUAAGGUUCCACUGAGAACAUGAGUGCGAAUGUGGCUUGAAACACAAGGCCCUGUUAAUGAGUUGAUGUAUGUUUUUUCUUCCAAUAAAUUGUUGGGAUCACAGGAAUCUCGGGAAACCAGUCAGAUUUCUGAUGACACA